CUACCAGCACUUCGAUAAUUUUGUGCAGAUCAGUCGUUGUCUUUUACGUAUGCCCGGAUUUCGGGAGCAUGAGCAGAGGCUGAUCAUUCUUGUCGUCUUGAUAUUUUUUCUCGAUGUCAGCUUUGUCUCCGACACUCCACAUUGAAAGCCGCUUGAAACGCACUCAUGUCCCUGAAUAUAGGAUGCAAGGCCCCGCUCUGCUGUCCGGAUUCUGAUUGCAACGCGUUGUUGUGCAGACGACAGGUAGCCAACUUUCACCGAGGGAAUGGUGUGCGUAGUGCAGCAGUUUUAGAUUUAGUGGACCAUAAACAAGAAUGACUUCCCAGCUAGUCUCCCCGGUUGUUCAUCAAGGAUCUUCCUUUCCAAGCCUCGCAGGACAUAAAUCAGGAGAGGGUUACUCUGGUAUGGGGAGCCUACGCAGCGAGUUUUUCCUUCCUCUUGCUCCUUCCCUUCGUCUCAGUCGCUCGUACGGAUCAAGAGAAGCCAAAGUUUACAGGCACAUACGCAGGGUCGCUCUUCAUGACAUCGAAGCUGGAGCAAGUUCUCUGUCAUGCCUCAAGUCAUCGUUGCCUCGGUUGGACAAGUCAUCGAAGCUUGCAAGUCAAGGUUACAGAGGUUGCAGGAACGGAUGCGGUUCCCGCGCAAGGGGAACGAAAAGAUUCGCCAUCAGUAACCUGGAAGUAACCGGAUUGAGUGAGACCAGCGAUGCUAUUGGAACUCAGGAUACUGAUUCAGUCAUACUCGAUGUCCAAGGAAUGAUGUGCGGGGGCUGUGUGGCCAGGGUUCGAAAUCUGCUCAGUGCAGACGACAGGGUGAACACAGUUGCUGUCAAUAUGAUCACAGAGACCGCCGCCAUUCGUCUGAAACCUUCUUCGCUAGCUGCAGAGGAUAAGUUGAAAGUUGGCGGUGAACUCGCUUCCUUCCUUACUGGAUGUGGUUUCACUUCCAAGCCAAGACCAGCAGGGAAGGCUGAGGGCAGUGUACACAAAAAGCGUGAGGAGCUUGCGAGGAAGAGGGAGGAACUGUUAUUGAAGAGCAGGGGACAGGUCGCUUUUGCUUGGGGUCUCGCUGCCCUUUGCUGUGGAACACAUGCCACUCACUUCUUGCAUUCCGUCGGCAUCCAUGCGUUCAUGGACGGUACCACCAUGGGUUUCCUCCACAACCCAAUCUACAAGGCGUGCAUUGCCUCUGUGACCCUCCUGGGACCUGGUCGAGAUCUUCUACUUGACGGUGCAAAGGCUUUGUGGAGGAAAUCUCCAAACAUGAACUCUCUCGUCGGUGUUGGUGCGUGCGCUUCAUUUGCAAUCAGUGCGGCAUCACUCGCUUUUCCCGAUCUCAAUUGGGAUGCUUCAUUCUUCGAUGAACCGGUUAUGCUUCUGGCUUUUGUACUUUUGGGACGUGCACUGGAAGGACAAGCUAGAGCCGAAGCUUCGAGCAGCAUGCAGGAUCUUUUGUCUCUGUUACCUUCCAGAUCACGGCUAGUAGUUUCGGAAACUGGGGCUGGGAAUGUUCUCGAAGACGAGGCUGCACUGAGUCAAGGACUGGUGGUAGGAGUUGAUUCAGAGCAACUUCGUCGUGGUGACUGCAUCUUGGUUCUUCCCGGUGAAACUAUUCCAGUUGACGGAAUAGUGAUUAAGGGAAAGAGCGCUGUCGACGAGUCCAUGCUCACGGGUGAACCCCUUCCUGUAGCCAAAACCAGCGGCAACAGUGUUUCUGCUGGAACAAUCAAUUGGGAAGGGCCUAUCACAGUAGAGGCAACUGCUACCGGCGCUGAAUCAACAGUUUCAAGUAUCAUCAGACUGGUUGAAGAAGCGCAAGGUCGCGAGGCACCUGUGCAGCGGUUGGCUGAUGUAGUAGCAGGCCCUUUCGCUUUCACCAUUAUGGCGAUGUCAGCUGCCACUUUCUCCUUCUGGUACUACAUAGGGACGAAUAUGUUCCCAGAUGUUCUUUACAAUGAUGCGGCAGGCCCAGAUGGCAGCGCGUUGCUCCUGAGUCUCAAACUCGCAAUAGAUGUGCUCGUUGUCGCAUGUCCUUGUGCCCUUGGGCUAGCAACUCCCACCGCAGUACUUGUGGGCACUUCUGUAGGGGCCAAGCAAGGACUGUUGAUCCGAGGAGGAGACAUUUUAGAGCGCCUGGCUAGUGUCGAUACAGUUAUAUUUGACAAGACAGGAACCCUCACCAAGGGACAUCCAAGUGUAGCCGCUGUAACAUCGGUGAAUGGAAAUGACGAAAAUGAUAUAUUACAAAUAGCUGCUGCAGUGGAGAAAAAUACUGUACACCCCAUAGCCGCGGCGAUUGUGAGGCGAGCGGAAGCCUUGCAGCUAGAGUCUCUUGACACGCAAGGCCAGCUGACGGAGCCUGGAUGUGGAGCUUUGGCUGAGGUAAAUGGCUCCAUCGUGGCUGUCGGCUUAUUUGACUGGGUCCAAGGUAUCUGCGGUAGAAGCAGUUCAGAAACCCCGAAGCCAGGUGCUGAGUUAGAGAAAAUACUGCGGGACACCCUCAGCACAAAAAUGAGCUUUUCACCUGCAAAGCAAUCGCAAACGGUAGUUUUUAUCGGCAUUGAAGGGAAGGGAAUCGUCGGAGCAGUCGCCGUGACUGAUAGUCUUCGACCCGAUGCUACAGAGACCGUUCGAAGGUUGCACAACAUGAACACCAAGACACUGAUGCUAUCAGGUGACAAGAAAGCUUCAGUUUCCAAGGUCGGAGCUGAGGUAGGCAUCGGGGAAGGGGCAGUGCACGCCGAGUUACGCCCACACGAGAAGUCACAAUUUAUUACGUCACUACAGGAUCAAGGCCAUCGUGUGGCGAUGGUUGGUGACGGAGUAAAUGAUGCUCCAGCACUAGCGUGCGCUGAUGUUGGGAUGGCUCUCAAGGUUCACUCGCGCUUGGAUGCCGCCUCUGAUGCUGCUUCAGUAAUUUUACUUGGCAAUCGUCUUUCCCAGGUUGUGGAUGCAAUAGAGCUCUCUCGCGCGACUUUGGGAAAAGUACACCAGAAUCUUGCCUGGGCUUUGGGUUACAACCUGAUAUCAAUCCCGUUGGCAGCUGGUGUAUUUCUUCCAGCAUACGACUUCUCUUUGACGCCGUCUAUAGCAGGUGGAAUGAUGGCAGCCAGCUCCAUUCUCGUGGUAACGAAUUCCCUUCUGCUUCGAUUCUACCGCCCAUCAUCAGAAAGUAACAAGGGCUCUGCCGGUGAGGGAGCUUUGGCACAGGACUGAUGAUGUGUAUAUAAUGCAUCCGCCAUGAUGAUGAUACUGUGUCAUGUUUUCGCACUUAACAUGAUAUCUUAUGAUGUACAUUAGGUCGACUUAACAGGCGGAUGAGCCAUAUAAUGAAGCACAUAUCUGAACAAGCUGAGUAGGACAGAUGGAGUUGUCUUGAAAACACUUGUCGACCAAACUAUAACGAAGUGUGACAGCUGUCAGCUUUCUUGUCCCGGGUUGGGUUUGGUUGUUGCUGAGAAGGAAUCACUCCCUGUCAAUGUGAAUAGUGAGCUUUGUAUCGUAUUCCAGCUAGUUAGAAAAUUUUGCACAUAAUUCGUAAAAGAGAAUAUCAUGUAGUUCAAAUUUUUGUUGCCGAAGCAACACAUUAUAGAAGCUAGAACCUAUAGUCUCAUUGGCACCUCAAGUGACGAAUACUCUGUAGAUUUCGGCUGAAAGACAGAAGUACAAACCAGAGUGCUGCAGUUUUACAUUUACAUUUCGGGGUGCAACAUCACGCCCUUUCGGCGUGUCAAGCAAGAGUGCUUACAUCAAGGAAAUGUGUAUGAUAACGAUCAGUGGCGAGAUUCGUGCGGAAGAACAAAGGGAUGUAAAAGCUCCUAAAAGUGUGGUGAUGUGCCCAGCAAUUCAUGCUGUUGGCCUCCCAAUUGAAAUAGAUUUGCUGCCCACAAAUGUGGGUAAGGAGAAU